GUCACCGGAAGUGGUCUCGGGCGCAUGCGCAGUGUGGAGAGCAGCGCUAGCGGAGCGGAGGAGCAGAAGAGCGAGGAGUUUCUUUAGCUUUAUUUAUUCAACCUAUUUAUUAUAGUGUUUAUGAAUCUACGCGAUGGCGGGAAUCAAAGCUCUGAUCAGUCUGUCGUUCGGAGGAGCGGUCGGGCUGAUGUUCCUGAUGCUGGGCUGUGCUCUGCCCGUCUAUAAUGCGUACUGGCCUCUGUUCCUGCUCUUCUUCUACAUCCUGGCACCUAUCCCAUACUGCAUCUCUCGCCGCGUGGUGGAUGACACAGACUCGGCCAGCAACGCCUGUAAAGAGCUGGCCAUAUUCCUGACCACAGGCAUCGUGGUGUCCGCCUUCGGGCUGCCCAUCAUAUUCGCCCGCGCCGAUGUGAUGGCGUGGGGAGCCUGUGCUCUGGUUCUGACGGGAAACAUUGUGAUCUUCGCCACCAUCCUGGGCUUCUUCCUGGUGUUCGGCUCUAAUGAUGACUUCAGCUGGCAGCAGUGGUGAAGCACGCAGAUCAUCUCAGCUCAGCGCUUAUUUAUUAUUGCCGUCCAUUGAUAGAAGCAGGAAUCCAGUGCAAUAAUUGUGUUAACUUGACAUGGCUCUGACCUCAGCUAGA